AUGGGUGCAUUCCAAAGCAAAGUUGUCAAGGAGAUCCAAGAAGCGCUGAAUCACGAUGUAUCUCUAUACGCCUUUCCCUUCGGACUAGGGUACCAAUCGGAGCACGUGCGCCGGUAUAACCUCGACAUCACCACCACCCCAAUAGCUGUCACAUACCCGAAAACAACCGCGCAAGUGGCCGCAAUCGUCAAGAUCGCAGCGAACGCCGGUUUGAAGGUGCAAGCCAAAAGCGGCGGGCACAGCUAUGCCAAAUACUCCUCCCCAGAUGGCGGCAUCAUCGUCGACCUGAAGCACUUCCAAAAGUUCGAGAUGGAUCCGAAGACUUGGUGGGCAACAGUCGGAGCGGGAACGCUGCUGGGCGAUCUCACCAAACGCGUGCAUGACCCGCGCCACCGCGCCAUGGCGCACGGGACAUGCCCGCAAGUCGGUAUCGGCGGCCAUGCGACGAUAGGCGGACUCGGGCCGAGCUCGAGGCUGUUCGGGGCGGCGUUGGACCAUAUCGAGGAGGUGGAGGUGGUGCUCGCUGACGGCAGUAUCAAGCGUGCCUCGACGGCGGAGAACGCGGACCUCUUCUGGGCUUUGAAGGGCGCGGCGGCUUCAUUUGGCAUCAUCACGGAUUUCGUAGUCCAUACUGAGCUCACGCCGGACGAAGCGGUGCAGUAUGGGUUCUCGUUCACGGCCGGUACAUGGGGCGACAUGGCGCAGGCGUUCAAGGCCUGGCAGAAGUUCGUCCUGGACAAGAGUUUGGACUGGAAGUUCGCGAGCACGGCUACUAUCACCGAGGCCGGGCUGGCCAUCAGUGGGACAUACUUCGGUACGAAGGCGGAGUUCGAUGAAUUUGCGAAGGGGCCGGGCUUUCCCAUCUCAAGCCAGGCCGAGGGCACGAUUGUCUUCCGCGAGUGGUUGGGUUUAGUUGAGCACUGGGCGGAGGACAUCGCACUACACUUUGGGGGCGGCAUCCCGGCACAUUCUUAUACCAAGACGUUGACCUUCAACGGUGACCAGCCCACCCCCGAUGCAGUCAUUGACAAAAUCUUCGAGUAUAUCAAGACCACCAAGAAGGAUGUCUGGUUCGCCAUCUUCGAUCUCGCAAGUGGCAAAGUCAACGAGGUGCCCAUGGAUGCGACGGCCUAUGCCCAUCGGGACGCUCUGUUUUACUUGCAAUCGUACGCCAUCAGUGACAAGCUCGGCCAAAAUGUCUCCAACACGACGACGGACUUCCCGCGCGGGCUGAACCAGCUGAUAAAGAGUGAGAUGGCCAAGGCGAACGAGAAUACCGACUUCGGGGCUUAUGCGGGCUACGUGGACCCAGAGUUACCGGAUGGUCAGAAAGAGUAUUGGCGCUCGAACUUGGACCGGCUGGAAAUAAUCAAGGCGAAGUACGAUCCGAAGGACGUGUUCCACAACUGGCAGAGUGUGCGGCCGAAUGGUGAGGACGUGCUGACGCCGGCGGUGUUGCAACAGCCUUCGGACUUGUCGGGGUGGAUUGGGAAGGCGUUCAGGGCACUGAAGGUUGGCGGCGCGCAUGGCUGA